AGUUGUUCUUCUUCGUGGUAGGAGGAGACUGUUGCUUACUGCCACGUUGAUGGAGACCAGUGGGGACGUGGAUAUCUGUGUCGAGCCGGGACCCGGUACCCCCAGCUUCUUGUGUUUUACAGCUGUUAAUUCUGAGCACAACCGAAAGGGGAACCUGUACUUGGUAGAAGGUGUUCGUGUUUUACCUUUUAUGUGUGCAUUCAUGUAAGAAGGAGCAAAGGAGGAAAGGAUGAAACUCAAAGAAAUCAGCCGCACAGCCAUCCAGAGCUGGAGUCCUGCACAGCACCACCCCAUCUACUUGGCAACAGGAACAUCAGCCCAGCAGCUGGAUGCCUCUUUCAGCACCAAUGCCUCCUUGGAGUUUUUUGAGCUGGACUUGGCUGAACCAUCCCUGGACAUGAAAUCAUGUGGCAGCUUCUCCUCCACACACAGAUACCACAAACUGGUGUGGGGUCCCUAUGGGAUGGAUGCCCAAGGGCAUCCCUCUGGGGUCCUCAUUGCAGGAGGCGAGGACGGUAAUGUCAUCUUGUACGACCCUGCGAAGAUCAUCACUGGAGAGAGCGAUGUGGUCAUCGCUGAGAGUGACAAGCACACAGGGCCAGUGAGAGCUCUUGAUGUCAACCCGUUUCAAACAAACCUGGUUGCAUCAGGUGGGAAUGAGUCAGAGAUCUAUAUCUGGGACAUGAAUAACUUUGGCUCUCCAAUGACACCAGGACCUAAAACUCAGCCUCUGGAGGACAUCAGCUGUGUGUCGUGGAACAAACAAGUUCAGCACAUCCUGGCAUCUGCCAACCCAAGUGGCCGAGCCUCGGUGUGGGACCUCCGCAAGAAUGACCUCAUUAUUAAAGUUAGCGACCACAGCAACAGAAUGCAUUGCUCUGGGCUGGCUUGGAACCCAGAAGUGGCCACCCAGCUGGUCUUGUCCUCGGAGGACGACCGGAUGCCGGUCAUCCAGAUGUGGGACCUACGUUUUGCUACCUCUCCUCUCAAGAUUUUAGAGAACCACACACGGGGCAUCUUGUCGAUCGCCUGGAGCUUGGCUGAUCCUGAGCUGCUCCUGAGCUGCGGGAAGGACAGCAGGAUUCUGUGCUGGAAUCCAAACACAGCAGAGGUGCUGUACGAGUUGCCCACCAGCAGUCAGUGGUGCUUUGACGUCCAGUGGUGUCCCAGAAACCCCGCCGUGCUGUCGGUUGCAGGCUUUGACGGACACAUCGACAUCUUCUCCAUCAUGGGAGGCAGUAGCCAGACGCAGAGCCAGAGACAAGCUGACCAGAUCAGCAACUCGUUUGGGAACAUGGAUCCUUUUGGGACAGGACAAAUGUUGCCCCCUCUGCAGCUGCCCCAGGCUAAUGCCCCUCCAGUUACAGUAAACCUCCUGAGGAAGCCACCCAAGUGGAUCCGCAGGCCUGUAGGAGCCUCGUUUGCUUUUGGUGGGAAGCUGGUGUCUUUGGAGAACCCAAAGCUGAACCCUCAGCAGCCAACUUCACAUGUUGUACACAUCAGCCAGGUUGUUACAGAAACAGCCUUUUUGAAGCGCUCCGAUCAGCUGCAGGCCACUCUGAGCUCAGGCAGCUUCGUGGACUUCUGCCAGGAAAAAAUCAAUGCAGCUGAAAAUGAGUUUGAAAAGACUGUUUGGUCUUUCCUCAAGGUUAAUUUCGAAAGCGAUAUCCGCAGCAAGUACCUGGAACUCCUUGGGUACAACAAAGAGGAGUUGGCUUUAAAGAUUUCAGCAGCACUAGAGGAAAAGCCUGCUGAUCUGCUGAAGGUGGAUGUACCUGCUCCAUCCAGCCUGCGACCUUUAUCAGAUCUCAGCCUUGUACCACCUGCUGACACUGGCGAGGCAGCUUUCGACAUCAUUGCUGCAGCAAACCUUCAGCCAGCAGCGACACUUGAACUGGACCCCACUCCUGACCCAGAGACUGAAGAGCCAGCUGUAGUAAAUUCAGAGGAUGCUCAUAGCAGUGAACCAGAAGAAAAUGUGGACCGGGUUUCCCCAAAGGAGGCAGAUGAGGAAGAGGAGAUCCCUUUGGAGGAGGAGAUGACAGCACCAGCAGAGGUGGAGUCCACCAGGGUCCCAGCUCUAGCUCCAGUCAGUCUCAGCAUCAGUCAAGAUGUGGACGGGCUCAUCACACAGGCGCUUCUGACUGGAGACUUUGACGGAGCUGUGGACCUCUGUCUCUAUGACAACCGCAUGGCAGACAGCAUCAUUCUGGCCAUCGCUGGAGGGGCCGAACUCUUAGAGAAAACCCAGAAGAAGUAUUUUACGAAAACGCACAGCAAGAUAAGCAAGCUGAUCAGUGCAGUGGUGAUGAAGGACUGGCAUGACAUCCUGAAGACAUGUGACCUGCAGAACUGGAAGGAAGCUCUGGCUGCAGUCAUGACCUACGCUCAGCCUGAGGAGUUCUUUUCCCUCUGUGACCUUCUCGGGGGCAGACUGGAAGUAGCAGAAGAUGCUCAACUGCAGGCACAGGCCUGUCUGUGUUACAUCUGUGCCGGCAAUGUGGAGAAACUAGUGUCUUGUUGGACCAAAGUGCAGGAUGGAUACUGUCCUCUGUCUCUCCAGGACCUGGUGGAGAAGGUGGUGGUGCUGCAGCAUGCAGCGGAGCAGACCCAGCGCUCUGGUUCCGCUGCUGUUGGCAUCUUACUGGCUGAGAAGAUGAGCCAGUAUGCCAACCUGCUGGCCUCCCAGGGCAGUCUGUCCAGUGCCAUCACCUACCUGCCCAACAACACCAACCAGGUUGCCGUACAGCAGCUUCGUGAUCGUCUUUGUCAGGCUUUGGGAUGCCAGGCGGUGGCUCCUGCAGCUCCGGUACAAACCCAGAGAGCUCAGUCUCAGCUGCCUGCCCGUCAGCACAGCUCAGCCCUUCCCCGGCACCCGUUCCGUCCGGUGCAGCCCGCUGUGGUGCCUCAGCCCUCUGCAGCAGCAGCUCCAGUACUCAUGCCAACACCUGCCUCAGCCCCAGCACAACUGCAGUAUUACCAGCCAGUGAGGGCUGCCUCCACUGUCACCUCCUGGAGUAACCAAACUCCCACAGCCCUCCCAAAUGUCCCUCCUCCUUUUCAAGUAGGCAGCGCCGCAGAGCAGCAGAUGGAGCCUUCAAACUCCAUGUAUGGGAUGCCAGCCUCUGGCACAGCUGCUGUAUCUCCAGCUUCCUCCACUCCUGCGUACAUGUACUCACAUCAGUAUCAGCCCUACCCACAGGUCAACCAGUACCCACCUGGAGCUGGGAGGGCACCAGUCUAUCACCCUCUUCAGUACUCCUCCUCUGCUGCUGUUCCUCCACCUCUCCCUGCAGAGGCCUCCACCCCUCCUCACCCCCCUGGCUUUCUCUCCCAGUACACACAGCCCGUCCCCUCUCAGCCAGCUCCUCCAGUUUAUCCCGGCCAGCCUCACAUCAGCCACUGCCCACCCUCCUCUCCUCCUUCUCAUUAUGCUUUCUUUUCCACUGCCUACUCAACUCCCUCCUCUUCCUUUUCUGCUCCUUCGUCCUCGGGAGUGGCUUUCCAGCAUGGUGGGCCAGGAUCGCCUGUGUCAUACAUGCCUCCUCCACUGUGCGGAGCUUCAGGGCCUCAGAACGGUUGGAAUGACCCUCCAGCCCUGAACAGAGCACCAAAGAAGAAGGUUCCAGAGAACUACACCCCUCCUGCCCCCAUCACUGCUCCCAUCAUGACCCCACUGGGUGCUGACCCUCAGGCACAGCUGGCGUCCUCCGGGGCCCCUCAGGCCAUGGUCCCAGGCCCACACUGUGCUCAGGUCCCUUACUCAGGCAUGCACCAGCAGCAGCUCUCCCCUCCGCCCAUGAACCCUGCAGUGCCCCAGACCAGUAUGGAAGGCCCACCAGGAGCCCCUACUGGAGAUGUCAUACAGCCUCUGCAGUCUAUCCCCGCUGAGAAGAUCCUGAAGAAGCCGAUCCCUGAUGAGCACCUGGUCCUCAAGACCACAUUUGAGGGGCUCAUUCAGAAGUGCUUGGCUGUAGCUACUGACCCUCAAACCAAGAGGAAGCUUGACGACGCCAACAAGCGUCUGGAAGCGCUCUAUGACAAACUCAGAGAGCAGACGCUUUCUCCCGCUAUCGUAGGAGGACUACAUAACAUAGCCCGAACUAUAGAGUCCCGAUCCUACACAGAAGGCCUCAACAUCCACACCCACAUAGUCAGUAACAGUAACUUCAGCGAGACGUCGGCGUUUAUGCCUGUACUCAAGGUGGUGCUAACUCAAGCCAACAAACUUGGGGUCUGACCAAGCAGAGACAUCCCACCUCCUCUGGGUGUUCGACUGAUGGACGGUGGAGAGUAGCUGGUCAGGAGUCCAGCUGAGUACCAGUGUUAAAAUUUCACAGGAAGCUCCAUUUGAUUCAGAAAUGAUGAAGAAUUCUCAGACAUAUGAAAACACUGUCAAAUUCUUCUUUGUGCCAUUUGUGUUUUCUGACGAUAUUCAAAAACAAGCCAUGAUGUCAGCCGCACUCGGUGGUGAAAGUCAGUUCUGAGCCCAGUGAAAGCAGGUGCACAUGGCAAGGGGCUACAGAAUAGAGUCCCACCUCAGUCAACAAGUCACACUAAAUAUUUGUUUUUAAUUCAACCUUGGAGUCAUAUGGAUUAAUGAGUAGUAUCUUUAGGAAUAUGCGACAACCCUAUUGAAGUAUAAUUUAAAAAAUGACAAAAUGUCAGGAAUGCUCAGUUUCAGCACAUCAGGUAUAAAUGAGGACAAGACCAACUUAUAGACGAUGGACUGAACAAAAUGUAAACAGGAGAUUCAGGAAUUUAAAGGGCAUUUCUGUCUAUUUGUGUUCAGAUAAUCCAAAUAAGUGCAGUUGACAUAAAGAAUUAAGCUUCUUUUAAUGAGUUUGGUAUUGAUAGAGGACUGCUGUUAUUACAGUGCAGCAGGUUUUUAGCUCACAAUAGCACAAUCAUGCAAUCAUUUAGGAAAUGUUGGUGCAAUAUCUGCACUACACCCAUUUAUGAUCCAUAUAUACAUAGAUUUUUGUUUUAAAAGGGCAAAACUGCUUUAUUCUUACCUAUAUCAUUGCUUGCAUAUAUUUUGCACUAGACCUGCAAUGUAGACAGUUGAGAGAAGUGUGUCCUGAAAUCAUUUUAACAUGCAUUACCUUAUCAGCAGGCUCACGUUGGCUGUUCGACUUUAAAACAAGUAUUUGAAGCCAAUUUGAUGCUCGCUGUCCCAGUUUUUGUUUUGUAAUGCACCUAAUAUGUCAUUGGCUAAAACUCAAACCCUCUCUGCUUCUGCUGACCUACUUCCACCACUGAUGUCACUACAUAUAACACAUUGGACCAAGAUGUCAGUGCAAAGCAACGCUAUCCUGUUUGUUGAGGACGUGUAAUGUUUUAUUUGUAUUCAUUUUGUUUGUAGUGUAAUCAUGAGGCUCAGCAAAGUGCAAUGGAUUUUUUAAAGAGAGACUGCUUUUAUUGUGGAAUUUUGAGGUAUGCAUGCUUAAACACAGUGCUCAGUCGUUAAUGAGAGUCGAGGUAAUUGUUUGCUAAUUAUUCAGACCUCAGAAGAAAACAGGAAGGAGACUUGUACUUGGUUUUCAUUUCAGCUGCGUCCUAGUGGUCAACUCAGUUUCUGUUGUUUUAGAUUAACAACAUGCAAUAUUUUCAAUAAAUUGUAUUUAUUUACGA